CUGAGAUACUGUCACUCAACUCAAGCCCGUUCCCUCCCCUUCUCCUGCAGGGCAGCAUGCGCACCAGUCACAUCCAGCCGGAGACCCAGGCACUGUGGAGCCCCCGCCCGCAGCCACUGUCUCGGAGCUCUUUCAGCCUGCUGGGUGAAGGCCGUCAGCAGAGACCAGAGCUCCGAAAAAGUGCCAGCAGCACUGUGUGGCAGACCCAGCGGGGGGAGGCCAGCACCGUCCCCCAGGUCCCAGAGGAAGACGGAUACCAGGCGGAGAGCACGGCGCAGGGGCUGGCUGCCAGCCCCCGACCACAGCCCAAAGCCGUGGCCCAUUGGCGCAGCAGCACCGUGGGCAAUGUGUCUGCCAUGGGCAGUGGGGACCUGUGUUGCCUGCAGGCUCCCAACGCCACUGCCAUGAAGAGGAGCCACUCGGACCUGGCCCGAAGCACCCAGACUCGGGGGCAUGGUAGAGUUCGGAAGGCCAGCCUCAGCUGCUCAGCCCUUGGUGGCUCACCCAUUCCAAGGGCCCCACUGCCACCUGGCAACACUUCUGGCCUGGAAAGGGAUCAGGGUCCGGAAGAUGAGGUGGCCCCCAGAACUGCUGGGACCUCAGACUCAGCCUGGACCCUGGGGGAGAGUCAGGUAUGGGCAUCACCACUCGAUCUGGAUGGCACAACUGCCAACAGCAGCAGCCCGGAGGCUGGGCCCAAAGCCACUGGACAGCUGGCCACCACUUCCUGCCGUGCUCUGCCCCCAGCAGCUGCCCUGUGCAGCAUGAGGGAGGUGGGGGCCACAGAGCUCCUGAUGUUUCCCAAGCUGGUGGCAUCAGUGAGUGAGUCUGGACUACAGGCUCAGCAUGGACUCAAGCUCCAUUGCAGACCACCUGGGGGGCUACGUGGGCACUCCCAGUGCUGUGCCCACCCUUGGGGUCCCAGUGGGUUAACCACAGAGCCUGACACCAAGACCAAGGAUAUGUGGACCAUGACUUCAGCCAGUGACUUGGCCCCUUCAUCAGCCCAGGAUGCUGCAGUGCACACAGCCCCCAGGGCAGUCUGCAAGGCUGUGGCCACAUGCCACCCCCUGGAAGCCUCCGUGGCCUUGCACAUGUUCCCAGAGGGGACUGUGGGGCCCAGCCUGGACGAGGCAGCGUCCCCAGUGCACAACGUGCGGUGGGAUGCUGAGGGCAUGACGUGGGAGGUAUACGGGGCCGCCGUGGAUCCUGAGGUGUUGGAUGUGGCCAUCCAGAAGCACCUGGACAUGCAGUUUGAGCAGCUGCAGCGGGCACCCACCAGCAAGGACAGCCUGUCUGUGGAGGGCCGCAGAGGCCCCCUGCGAGCCGUCAUGCAGUCCCUGUGGCAGCCCAGCUGCUGCGGCUGCUCCAGUGCAGCCCCUGAGUGA